UUUCAGUGCAUUGUAAAUACUAUACGUGGGAAUACCUCUCAUGAUGAACACUGCGUUCAGCUCCUUAUAUCGUACCAAAUGUCGCUAUGCGUCAGUGACUACUAUUCGGGGAGCCAGACGGCUUUCGCCCCGAUUACUCCCUAGCCAGUCGCUGGUCUCUCCCCUACGGCGUCCACUCGGUGAGAGGCAGGUUUCAACCGAAUCCAAGAAAGGGAUCCCAAGUGAGAGAUACAAUAGCAGUACGGGAGCCAAAUAUGCACUGCUCCUUUCCACUGCCGCCACGCUCAGCUGGCUUUUCUACGCUCAACAACAUGGCGCUGUUAAACUAGACGGCGACGAGAACUAUUUCACCCACCCCGACCCCUUAGCUCCCGAUAACGGAAUUCAAGACACGAAGAAAGAGACGUCCAAGUCCCUAGGUAGUGAGAACCUCCCAACAGAGAAAGCAAUCCUCACCACCGCCCCCAACGUCCCCCCACCGAUCACACGAGACUAUCCAGUCAUCCUAGACGUAGACCUCACAACAGUCUCAAAACUAGAACAACUAACAAACCAGUACAAAUACGAAAAAUGGACAUUCAACAAUAGCGUCCCCGGCCCAUUCAUCCGCGCGCGCGUCGGCGACGUGCUCAACCUGAAAAUAACCAACCACGACGAUUCCGGUAUGCCACACAACAUAGACUGCCACGCCUUCCUGGGCCCGGGCGGCGGCUCAGCCCUAACCACAGUCAACGAAGGCGAGACCAAAACAGCGAGAUUCAAGCUCCAAAACCCCGGUCUCUACAUCUACCACUGUGCCGUAGGCCCAGUGGGCGUCCACAUCGCCAACGGCAUGUACGGACUCAUAUACGUGCAGCCAGAGCAAGACUUACCCCCUGUCGACAAAGAGUACUACGUAAUGCAAAGCGAGUUCUACCACGAGCCGCCCGAGCCAGACGAUGACGGCCAGAUGUCAUCGACGGUCGAGUUCUCGUGGCCGCAUGCGCUACGCGAAGCAGCCGACGUGGUGGUGUUCAAUGGCAGCGAGGCUGCCCUAACCGAGAAGCCGCUCAAGGCUACGCUUGAUGAUACCGUUCGCAUCUUCUUCGGGAAUGGAGGCCCGAAUCUAACUAGCUCGUUUCAUGUCAUCGGGAGCUGUUUUAAUAAGGUCUAUCGUGAUUCGGAUGUGCUGAGUUCCCCCGGGCAGUGCGUGCAGACGGUCAGUGUGCCCCCCGGCGGGUCAACUAUCGUAGAUAUGAAGAUGGUUGUUCCAGGGACUUAUACAAUUGUGGAUCACGCUAUUUUUCGUCUGGAGAAGGGUGCGAAAGGGUUUUUGAACGUUUCCGGGGAGCCUAGGCCGACGUUGUAUUAUAGUACGCUGCCGCCGCAGCCCUGUGAGGGUUGUAAGCUUCACCCGUAA